GUGUAAGUCAUUUGAUGGCAAAGGCGACAUAUCUGUGGCUGCUGAUUGGAUCAAGAAACUGAACGAGGCUGCUAGGGAUAUGCAGAUCGGGCUUGAUAUAAAGCUAACGAUUGCUACCAGGCUACUGGAGGGGGUAGCUGCUGUAUGGUGGGAAGGCGUGGAAGGAAAGUUCCACGGUGAGACCACCUGGGAGAGAUUCGAAGUAGAGUUCUAUAACCAGUACUACUCCGAAUUUGAGAAGAAUCAGAAAAGGAAGGAAUACAUGACUUUGACACAGGAGGAUGGGUGCUCGGUAAGGCAAUUGGAACAGAGGUUCCGGGACUUGGCACGAUACAUACCUGAGUACGCCAUGGAUGAGAACCGCAUGGCUAAUCACUUCUGGGAUACCCUACAGUUGGAUAUCCGUGAUAGGGCCACCUACAAUCAUCACAUGACCUUUAGUGAGAUUGUGGAUCAAGGGCUACUUGGGGAAGCCAAGUGGAAUGAAAGGAAGAAGAGAGACGCCGAAGAGGCGAAGAAGAGGAGAUGGGGAAAUUCUGGACCCCAAGACCAUUCUCGGAAACAUCACGCCGGGAAUGGAAGUUCAUUUAGGGCGCCGGAACCACCGGCAAAGAAGAGCAAGGGUCCAGGAGGGCAAGGGCACAGCUCGGGGAGCGUGAGGCCACCGAGGUGUCUAAACUGUAACAAGAAUCAUGCCGGGAAAUGCAAUGCACCACCCCGGUGCUACAAGUGUGGUAGCACUAGUCACCUCAAGCUUUCUUGCUCAAUGUUGAAUGGAGGGGGACCAUCGGGGGCUAUGGAAGGACCUACGGCUAGUAGGGGACGUGCGGGACCAUCACAGGCCGGCACGGGAAGAGGCGGACCUACGGCGAGCAAUGCCGCGUCCGUUAACCAAGGGAGGACCCAGGCACGUGUGUAUGCAAUGACCAAGGCGGAUGCGCGAGCAAACCCGGACUCUGUUGCAGGUUGAGGCUAGAGUCCUACUACCUGCACCUUUGCCUAGGGUGAUUGAUCAAGGAGGAAGACGUGGUUCGUGCUUCCAUUCUCAUUUGAAAUAAUGCAACUGCUCAUGGAUAUUUUUAACAAUGUUUUCUAUUAAAACAUUUGGGGGCCUGCGUGCCCGUAUUUGCCACGUGUGGCUAAGUAUCAAACAUAUCUUAUUUUCCGCAUUUGUUUGACUAAUAUAUAUUGAUGUUGAUUGUAUGGGUUUACUAAUCGGCUUGGCAAUAGAACUUAACGGACGCCUUG